AUGACCAUGAUGAUGCCCACCGCCUUCUACUUUGGCUACCAGAAUGUGGAGCUGCUGUUUCCGGGCUUGGUGAUGAAUAGCCCCACCGACUUGGUCCUGGCUGUCCUGGCAAUCUUCAUCCUGGCGCUCUGCUCUGAAGGAUUCAAGCUGGCUCGAGAGAACCUUCCCUUGAGGGCAGCGAGUGGCCACCGGUGGCAGCUGCUGAGCUGGCCUCACCUGGUGCAAACCUUGCUGCACGUCCUCCAGGUGCUCCUGAGCUAUGUGCUCAUGCUGGCCGUCAUGACCUACAAUGCCUACUUUGCCCUGACCGUGCUUGUGGGGGCCAGCGUGGGGUACCUGCUUUUCCGUUGGAGGAAAAAUAUGCACACAGACUCAGACUUGGAAGAUCCUUGCCACUAA